GAUUUGGUGACGUACCAGACGUGGUGACGUCAUGGCGCAGCGGCAGGGUAUGGUGGCCUCAGCUUCCUGGUGAUUGCAGCAGCCGGGAAGAGUUGGGGGGGGGGAGACGGCUGCGGCGCUUCCCGCUGCGCGCCCAGCUGAGGAGAGAGAAUGGCGGACUUUGAUGAGAUUUAUGAAGAGGAGGAAGAAGAUGAGGAGCGGGCCCUGGAGGAGCAGCUUCUUAAGUAUUCUCCUGACCCGGUGGUGGUACGAGGAUGUGGGCACGUCACAGUGUUUGGCCUUAGCAACAAAUUUGAAGCGGAGUUUCCAUCCUCAUUAACUGGCAAGGUAGCCCCCGAGGAAUUUAAAUCCAGCAUUAACAGAGUCAACAGUUGUCUUAAGAAGAACCUUCCAAUUAAUGUCCGCUGGCUGUUGUGUGGAUGUCUUUGUUGUUGUUGCACGUUAGGAUGCAGCAUGUGGCCAGUUGUGUGUCUUAGCAAAAGAACACGGAGAUCGAUUGAGAAGUUAUUGGAAUGGGAAAACAAUAGGUUAUACCACAAGCUGUGCUUGCACUGGAGACUAAGCAAAAGGAAAUGUGAAACCAAUAACAUGAUGGAAUAUGUCAUCUUAAUAGAAUUUUUACCAAAGACACCAAUUUUUCGACCGGACUAGUUUUUUUGGUUUAUUUUUUUGCACAAAUGUUUUUUUUUUUUUUCUUUUAAUCUUAGUGUUCUGGUUUUAUUUUUAUUUUUUUUGUUCUAUCUAAGGACUUACUCAAAUAUCCUGUAUUUCCAAUGGCCAAUGGUUCCUUUCUUGGUUCUUCCCCAUUGGUGACAUAGCAGUGAGUCUUGUGAAUUUUGUAUUUUUUUUUGGAACAAGUUUACCAACACCUCUCACGGAAUAUAUAUUUUGUCCAUAACUUGGAAUCAUUUUCUUUUGCUUUGUGAUAUUUCUGUUGACUGUUUUGUUAUCCCCAAUGUAUCACUUUUUUGGAACCAAGAUGUAACUGCACCAUUAGGAAUUUGUAUUUUACCCGAGAUAAUCAUCCUGUCAGCUGGUUCUGAAAAGGAUGUGCUGAAAACAUUGGAGCCAGUGGACAUUCUUCAAGGUUAUAGAAUAUACCUGUGAAAAUAUGCGUGCUGCAUUUCACUGGAGCUCAGGACCAUAUGGUUGUGCUACCAUGACACUUUAGUCCUCGUUUUGGUUUAGGUAACCUUCCAAAUGACAGAUUUGUUUACUUGCGCAAAGUUGGUAUUUUUAGCUGCUUUCUUGUUCGCACCGUCACCCACUAGUUGGCUUAAUCUCUCUUACAUGGCAUACAUGGAAUACUUCAUCACUUACAUUUCUUUUCAGAUCACAUUGCUUACAGUGGAAUUUCACUGAAUCCACAAAUUGUUCCUUGUGGCACAAUAAACCAAAUACACAAAAACCCUAAUAAGCUAAUCAUUUUAAAUAUAAACAUUUACUGUGGUGUCAUCUUAAGUACGCUGUAUUCUCAGACUAGAUAUAAAACUGUGGUAUAUAAUGUGUAGCAUUUUAAAUACAGAUGCUCUAUUUAAAAAACUAUACUGACAAAAUAUUUAUUACCACUAUAAGGUCGGUUUAAUUUUGCUCCUAGGGUAUGAUACCUUGAAAUUCCUAAUCCACCUUACAGAUAUACACAUGCCUUGUCUAUUAAAGUGAUGAUGUUGCUUUUAUUUUUUCCUUCUAUUUUUACAUAUAUAGUUUACUUUUUUGUUAUUGGUUUAUUCUUUACAUUUUAAGUAAGUCAAAGUAUUUUCACUAUUAAAGGACGUAUAGCCAGUACUAACACAAUGUGGGUCUAAUUUUAAUUGUGUAGAGAAAAAAAAGGAAUGAUUUGUUAACCUAUUUGGUAUAACAUUUUGCUCCAGUAAAAAAAAGUUUUCUUUUUCAUAUAUGUGCAUAACUGAUGCUGGCAAAAGGAGUGCACUGAGUUUUAAUUAGGAAAAAUCAGUUGUAUAAACACUCAAAUGUCCAUAUGUUUGUUGUAAGAUGCUUGGCCUAGUUAUGUUUUGUCAUCCUAUUUGUACAAUAUUAAAAUGGGA